CUGGCUCGUGGCAUGGUUGACCCUCGUGUUCAAGCAAAUCGAUCCAUUCCCUCCUCGUUGCACCCAUGGCCCACUCCGUUAUCAUACCGCGCAGGACCUUCUUCUACGCGAUUGGCAAUACCUGUGCAGACCUCCUCACCGAGACCCUACCUCCUGAGGAAAGCUUGGACCUACUUCUCUUGGGCUGCGGCGACCCGAGGAGCAUCCUCUAUACGACAUACGCGGAUGGUGUGGCUGACAGGCGCGAGUUCGAUAUAACGUUUUGCGACAUCGAGCCCGCAAUCAUCGCGCGGAAUGUCCUACUCUUCACUCUCCUCGCCGACACGGGUAAGGCGAGCGACGGCGACAUAUGGAACAUAUUCUAUCACUUCCAGAUUCCCGAGGCGUCGCUUGUUCGUCUCCAGAACCAGUCUUCCAAGCUUGUCGACCUUUCCGGAUCGCUAGAGCAAUGGCUGGAAGGGCCUUACGGAAAAUUCAUCCGACCUCGCACGCAGCAGACUCUAUCCGACCUCCGGCGCUUCUGGAACAAAUACGCCGCUACUGCGUCCUUCACGAAGGCGCAGCACCAGGACAUGCGCAACCGCCUCAACCAGGGAAGAUCGUCCUUAAUGACCUGGCAGAGGGGCGACGUGAAGGAUAUGGCCGGUCGCUCCGCUGGCCCGUUCUACUCAAGGAUAAUCCACUUCGACACCGCCGAUGUGCACUUCAAGCACUAUUGGAAGCAUGGGGUUGUCGGAGGGUGCCCUACAGAUGCGGCAGCCCUUGCGUACGCCAACCCAACCUUCAUGUAUACGCAGCUGGGUCAGGGUUUCUGCCUCCACUAUGGCACGGAUCCCAUCUUCGGGUUCCACUUGGCGGGUAUACUAGGCCCGUUUGGAGGGAAUCCGCCGAAGGCCACCACGCGAGAUCUCGGUGGGUACGCUAUCCGGGAGUUCUCGCGGUGGUGUGCUGCCUUCAGAGAACGCAUCACCGCCGACGUCAGGUUCGUUCUACGGCCACACGUGGGGGACGCCCUCUCUCUGUGUCGCGCGCUGGGAGGAGAACAGGACGUGUGUGUCUCCGCGUACGAUUCACGGCCCAUUGUGCUCGAGGAUGGGCCCGGGUGGCCGGCCCCGGUCUCGUUCAGUGUCAUCGAAACGUCCAAUCUCGCUGAUCAUAUCGGCCUUCUGAACGUCUUGACGAGCGCUGCCCCUCUGCUGCGCAAAUCACCUACCUCGACGCUUCACACGAACUCCCUCCACCCUUCCGCGUCGACGAAGUCCGGCUAUGCCCUGCUGGAGCGGUUGGGAGCCGACCUCACGACAUUCUCCUUGCUCAGUGGUCUCGCACCGCUGCCCCUUCUUACAAAAUUCACCAUCAAGACAUCCCCGUACGACUACUACGCCAAUAUUCGCGACUCGACGGAUAUGAGGCAGCAGCACCAGCCUAUCGCGUGGAAGUACCCCGCAUCUGGGGACCAGGCUGCUCUCGUAGAUGGCGCCCUACGCUGGACGCCCGUCUCAGUCGAUGCGGAGGAGCUGCGCGACGUCCUUCACAAACUCUACCUCCACAUGUUCGCGGUAGAGAAUAUUGCCCAGCAACUCAGCAAGGGGAAGGCGCCCCAUAUCGAGGGCAUCUCUAAUCCGUCGGUCAUCAUCUACGUGCGCGCUAGCUACGCGUUCCUCUUGCGGUUCAUCAAAGACAGGGUGCGCACGGAGUGGCAGACAGUCAUGGACGGCCUCUUCGCUGCCAUCCAGGUCGACCGCACAUUGAUCUUCGGUAACAACAACUAUCAGGACCUCAGCACGCACGCGCACUUGCUCGGACUAGAUAGCCAUGGGUUCUUCGCCGAGCCAUUCGAGUACGACGCGGCGUUCCAGGCCAAACCCGAGUUGUUCACCGGCUGGAAAAGCACGCCGCGGACGGUGCACGUCGUCCUGCGCACCCCGCGCUCGGCAUUCCGCCGGCUUUGGGACAUGGACGUCGACAUGCUCGGCACGCCGAUGCUCCAGUGCGAAGUCAUCGUCGCGCGCAAGUCGCAGGCUAUCUUCUCCAGCGUGCAGCUCGAUUUUGGCAAGCUCGGUAAGGGGGGCAGCGGAGAGGAGGCGGCUGCCUGGAUAGAGCGGGAUGAGGACGGAUGGGAAGGGAAUUCGCCCGUUAUCUUGCGCAUCACGGUUCCCGCGCGUAUGUUGGAUAUAGAUCCGCGGGCGACGAAGGUGCAGGUGUCUCUGCGCUCGACGCCGCGGACUGCCGUGCUUAUGCGCGAGUUGGGACCCCGGCUGGCGCUGUUCGACGCUGAUCUCAUGGGCGAGGAUGUGUAUAUUCUGAAGGAUCCACCUCGUGUUCGCGGGGCGAAGCUACCAUCGGCAAUCCCUGAGCCCUCAACUUUGCCAACCACUGGUACCGACGCGCAAUCCGCGUCAGAACACGCUGCGAAGGAGGUCCCUUCCGUGCGCUUCACCAACGGCAAGAUAUCGCACAUCGGCAUCAAGGUCAACCUCAUCAGCGACGCCGGCAAGGCCGCUCUGCAGGAGGGGGGAGCGGUCACGGGGGAGUUGUCUCCCUGCACUGUGCAGCUCGUGAUUGGUUCUGCAAAGAAGAUCGAGGAGAGCGUGGCAUUCCCGUUCCCUGUGAUUGGGCGCGAUGCAAAGCUGCGGGUGGCGCGGAAGUCCGGAUAUGUGGAGGUCAUCGCCCCCGUCGCGAAAGAGGAUCCUGCGAACGGUGACGGAGGAUAUGACAAGACCCACCGCACGCCGACCGUCCUCACUAAUCGAGCGCUCUACGCGUGGGCAGUCACCUACGUGGAUCUGGACAAGCAGCCUGUGCUCCUCUUGUCCUACAACCAAGCGAUGGUCGACUGGAUCCAGACCAUCAGCUCACCGAUGUUCUCUGGCCGCGAGCUCCUCAUGCAGCGCUCUCACGACCAGACCGAUACCUGGGUCAAUCUGAAGAACAGCAUGGCACACUUUCUCAUGUUCGCUACCGGCGCCGUCGACGGGAAGAAAUGCCCUGCAUUCUCCCUGUGCCGCCGCGGCUCCGAGGAUGGCUUCAACAUCAUCUUCGUCAAUGCCAUCCGCCUCGACCUUCCCGCGCAGAGCGUCGUCCUAGACGUGUGCAUCGUUCCCCUAACGCGCGCGAACAAGAAGAAGCUCUCGUUGAUUCUGACGAAGUUCGACAUCCGAAACAUACUGAUGGACGACGAGGAGAUCAAGGCGUGGAAGGCGCUCCUGCCCUCUGUCGUCGAGCGCUGCCGGACGUGGAAUCAUCUGCCUAGCUGUGCGUACGUGCAAAAGGGCAUCCCUCUCACACUGGAUAUCGACGAAAGCCCGAUCUGCGACUGUGGAUGCGGAAAGAACAUUCCCGAUAGCGAGGUUAUGGGGGCGCAUAGGCAGGCGAAGCCGUACGCGACGCGCGCUGCUAUUGGCCUGUUGUAUGCAGUGCCCUACCUCGAGGAUUCGGGGAAGCAGUUCCAUGCCGCGUAUGCGCGGGCGAGCAACUCGGCAGCAGCAAACAAGUGUGCUGCGUGCGGGAAGGCGCAGGGGACGCUGAUGACGUGUGGAAGGUGCAAGCAGACCAAAUAUUGCUCGAGGGAGUGCCAGACAGGGGACUGGAAGGUGCACAAGAAAAUUUGCAGAGCAUGAGUAGGAAUUUAAGUACAUACGACAGGCUCUGUGCCGCCGCGCGUUACGCAGGUUAGGUCACCCCGAAGUAUCCCGAUGUAUCUUGUAGACGUAGCCUUGUUGCAUAACUCAUCCGACGCGCAUAGUUGCUGUC